AUGGCGCAGCAAGGAGCUCAGCUGGACGGAGAUAAAUUCUGCUGUUCCAUCUGUUUGGAUCUACUGAAGGAUCCGGUGACUAUUCCCUGUGGACACAGCUACUGCAUGAGCUGUAUUAACAACUUCUGGGAUGGAGAGGGUAAGAAGAAAAUCUACAGCUGUCCUCAGUGCAGGCAGACCUUCAAACCGAGGCCUGUCCUGGUAAAAAACACCAUGUUAGCAGAUUUAGUGGAGGAGCUGAAGAAGACUGGACUCCAAGCUGCUGCUGCUGAUCUCUGCUAUGCUGGACCUGAAGAUGUGUCCUGUGAUUUCUGCUCUGGGAGGACGCUGAAAGCCUUCAAGUCCUGUCUGGUGUGUCUGGCUUCUUACUGUGAGAAUCACCUCCAGUCUCAUUAUGAUGCACCUCCACUAAAGAAACACAAGCUGGUCAACCCCUCCAAGAAUCUCCAGGAGAACAUCUGCUCUCGUCAUGAUGAGGUGAUGAAGAUGUUCUGCCGUACAGAUAAGAAGUGUAUCUGUUAUCUGUGCACUAUGGAUGAACAUAAAGGCCACGACACAGUCCCAGCUGCAGCAGAAAGGACUGAGAGGCAGAGAGAGCUCGAGGUGAGUCGACUAAACAUCCAGCAGAGAAUCCAGGACAGAGAGAAAGAUGUGAAGCUGCUUCAACAGGAGGUGGAGGCCAUCAGUCUCUCUGCUGAUAAAGAGGUGGAGGACAGUGAGAAGAUCUUCACUCAGCUGAUCCGUCUCCUCCAGAAAAGAAGCUCUGAUGUGAAGCAGCAGAUCAGAUCCCAGCAGGAAACUGAAGUGAAUCGAGUCAAAGAGCUUCAGGAGAAGCUGCAGCAGGAGAUCACUGAGCUGAAGAGGAAAGACGCUGAACUGAAGCAGCUCUCACACACAGAGGAUCACAACCAGUUUCUACACAACUACCCCUCAGUGUCACAACUCAGUGAACCUACAGACUCAUCCAGCAUCAAUAUCCGUCCUCUGGGAUACUUUGAGGAUGUGACAGCAGCUGUGUCAGAGCUCAGAGAUAAACUACAGGACAUCCUGAAGGAGAAAUGGACAUCAGAGCCCAAGACCAGAGCUGAAUUCUUAAAAUAUUCACGUGAAAUCACUCUGGAUCCAAACACAGCAUACACAAAGCUGUUAUUAUCUGAUGGGAACAGAAAAGCAGAACUAACAAAACAACAACAGUCUUAUUCUAGUCACCCAGACAGAUUCACUUAUUAUGAUCAGGUCCUGAGUAGAGAGAGUCUGACUGGACGUUGUUACUGGGAGGUGGAGUGGAGCGAAGGAGGAGUUUGUGUAGCAGUUGCAUACAAGAAUAUCAGCAGAGCAGGAAGUUCAAAUGAAUGUAGAUUUGGAUUCAAUGACAAAUCUUGGGCUUUACAUUGUUACAAUAACAGUUAUGAGUUCUGGUUCAACAGCAUCUCAACUCCCGUCUCAGGUCCUGUUUCCUCCAGAGUCGGAGUGUACCUGGAUCACAGAGCAGGUAUUCUGUCCUUCUACAGCGUCUCUGAAACCAUGACUCUCCUCCACAGAGUCCAGACCACAUUCACUCAGCCUCUCUAUGCUGGACUUUGGUUUGGUUAUUAUGGAGACACAGCUGAGUUGUGUAAAGUGAAAUAGUCAGAAGUCAU